CAUGUCAUUUUUUGAUGACACAGCUGCAGACGCUCCGGUCAGGGAUGUCCCUCAGAGUGUCCCCAGACUCGCUCUAGAUACUUCUGGAGCAGCGAAUGCAAGAAUGCGUCAGGAUGUGCUGCGGAUGUCCAGGGAGGAACUGGAGGACAAGUUUCUGAGGCUCAAUGAUGAAAACCUCAACCUCAAACAACGCAUCAACAAACAGGAUGACAAAAUCAAGAGGUUGACCACAAGGCUGAUGCGUUUGGUGAAGGACCGCAGUCAUCUGGAGCAGCUGGCCUCUGGAGCAGUACCUCAUCCCGGCCCCAGAGGGAGGGAUGUGGGGAUGGAAGAGCUCAUCGAAGACCUCCAAGACAACAUCCGCACUCUGCACAGUGAGAACGAGAGCCUCAAACAGCAACUCCGAGUGGCCAAGCAGCAGAUUAUACACCAACAGGGCAGGAGGGACACCCCGUACAGCCACAUCCAUUCACGCAUCAACUCUGGGAUAAAGAAGCUCAGGGACACGCCCUCUCCCUCUCCUGUGAGACCCAAAAGUGCGAAGAGUUCAGAGGGAGCAGGCAGACCCCCGACCAGCCAGCUGCCCCGGUACGGACACAGUUUACUGGAGGAGGCCCGGGCCAAGAUACGAAACCUAGAGAAUGUGAUUGAGUCCCAGAGGAGCCACAUGGAGGUGCUGGAAGGAGACGCUCAGUUGCUCCGAGAUGAACUCAAGAAGAAGGAGGCGGAGUUUGAGGAGAGACUUUUGGACGCACGGCAACAGCAGUCCUCCAACCUCCGGACGCAUGUGAACAGCAACGUGAACAUGAUCAAACUGCAAAAACAACUGGCCGAACGCUCCAACACCAUCACCGAGCUGGAGGGGAUGUUUCUGCUGCUGCAAGAGAAGCAGCAGAGGCUGAAGGCGAGUCACGACUCUGCUCUGUCCAAAGUGGACUCUCUGAGUAUGGAGCUGAAGGAGGAGCGCCUCCACAGCCUGGAGCUAGAGAAGAAGCUCAAGACCGCAGCCUUGUCCAAUAAAGCUCUGCACCAGCUUCAGGAGCAGAUCUCUGAACUUGAGCAGGAGAGGGACCUUCUAAAGGAGAACAACAACAAACUUCUCAACAGUGCCUUUGACGUGUCUCAGCAGCAGAAGUGGCAGAUCCAGGAGCAGAAGCUGAAGCUGCAGAUUUCACAGUUGGAGACGGCACUUCAGGGGGACCUCGUGGACAAGAACGAAAUCCUGGACAAGGUCAAGGCUGAAAGAGAAACCAAUGAGAGGCUGACUGAGGAGAAUAAAAAACUGCACAUUCAGUUCUUGGAGCAAAAGCAGCAGCUGGAGGAGAUGAAAGACCAAUUAAAGGUUUAUAGUAAAGAUAGUGACUAUGACGUCUCUGAACUGACAGAGGCUCUCUUGCUCGGUAAAAAGCGUAAAUCCCAGAGGAACGGGGAUCUGUCUUUCCUCACGGCCACUGGAGGUGAGGUGAACGUGGACAAUGAGGUGAGGGAGCUGAGGGCAGCUUAUGCAGAGACCAUCCAGGAGCUGGAAAAGACCAGGAGCCUGCUGAGUGUAAAUAGCCGCAUCUGCAGAGGAUACAAGGCAGAGUUGGACACUGUGACAGCGAAGCUGAAAAGUGACCACAUGGAACUGGAGCAGAGACUGGAGACUCAGGCCAAACUCCUCGACUCAAGAGCUGCCAGGAUCAGGAAACUAGAAGCUCAACUUAAAGACAUCGCUUACGGCACGAAAGCUUACGUUUUCAAACCCGACGUGAGCGAGGAGGAGGAGGCGGAGGAGUUCAGUGAGAGCCUCCAUCUUGAGCGCGGGGAGAAUGUUCUGGAGCUUCAGAUCUCCAGUGUGUCCCUGUCUCCCUCUGCUCUCCAAUCUCUAUCGGACCCAGAGCCCUACACCUUCUGCACCUACGCCCUCCACCUGUUUGACCUCCACUCCACCCCUGUCGUGAGCGGCCGCUGCCCACGCUACGGCUUCACCUCUCGGUACGUGGUGCGGAUGGACCAGGCAUUUUUGGACUAUGUGAGCCGGAGCACGGUGACUGUGGAGCUGCACCAGGCUCUGGGGCUGGACUGGACGACUCUGGCUUUGGGACAGAUCCGACUGCAGCCUUUGAUGGAGCAGGAGGGGAAAAUACAUGGGACCGUUCCUCUCAUUGGUGUAUCUGAGGAGGCGCGCUCCUUCGGCUCUCUGGAUUACUGGUUCAGGCUCCGAAUCCCCAUGACACAGACUCUGCUCCUGUACAGAGAGAGGCUGAAGGCCGUGGACUAUGUCAGCUCCAGCUCAGAACAACCAGAGAUACAGCCGCCUCUCCCAGAUGACUGGAACGAGCUCUGUGUCACUGUUGACAGCUGCGUCGGCCUCAGAUCUCGAAGCUCUGCCCUUCCCAGCGCCUAUGUGGUCUACCGCUUCUACGACUCCCCGGACUACCCCUCAGACACCGUCCCCGACUCCACCCACCCGCAGUUCAACGACUCCAAACUCUACUCUGUGCACAUGGACCAGGCCCUGCACCGGUACCUCUGCUCUGAGCUCAUGCAGUUCUAUGUGUUCGACUACAAAGAGGAGCAGCUGGACAAGUACCUGGGGAAAGCCAAGGUCCCGCUCACCUCACUGGCUCAGGACAUAGCCGUCACUGGAGUCUUUGAGCUGAGCGACUCAUCCGGACUCCCCGUGGGGCACAUCCAGCUCUCUCUGAAGUGGAAGUUCUCGUACAUACCUCCUCCAGGGUCAAAGGUUACAGUGGAGCCCAAAUUUACCUCUCAACCCAGAGUGACCGAGGAGGAAACAGAGAAGCUGAAACAGGAGCAGCCAAAAUCACCAGAACUGCCAGAGCCAGUGCUAGCCAGUGCUAAAGAGGAACCACUGCCUGAGAGCAGAGGGGGGCCUAGUGCUCCCAUGGUCCAUCCAAGUGUGGGGGUCACCAAGGCUCAACUGCCAAAGCUGAGGCAGAGGACACUGCUGAGGGAGGGGCCGGCCGCUAAAAAGGUCACGUUUGUAGAGGCAUCGGACACAGAAACACAGGUUUGGUCAAUGUCCAUAAAAAAUCAUGCAUAAAUAGAAUAAUCAAAUAAAAUAAUAAAUAAAUAAUGUUUGAUGCUGUG